AUGUAUUAUUCACUCGAGCCAAACAGAGAAUAUCCGCAUCAAAGUGUAUUUGAGGCUCUUUUUGAAGGAGAAACAACUGUACCAGGCGAUAAGAAAUUGCUUAUUGACUCUGAUAAUCCGGAAAAUUACCUUACACGAGAUGCCUUGAAGAGAGACAUUCUUUUGUUUGCACAAGGUCUCAAAGAUAAAUUUGACUUUAGGUCUGGAGACAUUCUGGCAAUAUGUGCUCCAAAUCAUCUGGACUGCCCUAUUGCUCUACAUGGCCCUACUGUUAUUGGUGCAAUUACUGCUUGUAUACAGUCUGAAGAAGGCUCUAAAAAUAUACUGAAAGAUAUGAGCAUUGCAAAGCCCAAACUAGUUAUUGCUCAUAAGGAGACACUUCAAGAUAUAAAAUUUGCAGCCAACAGCCUCGGACUGGAAGACACGAGAAUCCUUUUGUUCGGCAAUGAGGCUAUCAAUGGGAUCAAGCCUUUUCGUGAUGUAUUAAUGAACCACUCGACAUUGGCUACUCCGAUAAGAUUCACGCCAAGUGAACUUAAAACACUACCUGCCUACCUUUACUAUACAUCCGGAACCACAGGCCCAAAGAAAGCUGUAGUAAUUACAAACGCUAUUGUGAAUGCUAUAUUUUAUACAAGAGCCCCAUGGAUUACUCCAGGCGUUCGCUUCUUAUCCUAUGGAAGCAAUGCACACUGUAGUUCUUUAAUUAUAUCCUUAUCGGGAUGUAUCAGAGAUGGCACAGAAGUUUAUAUAAUGAAAUCUUUUACACUAAAGCGAAUGUGUGAAGCAGUACAACGAUACAAGAUCCAUUCUCUUGUAAUUCAUCCUUGGGUAGCCUCUGCACUAGCAAAAGAGCUGUUUGUGGAAAAUUAUGAUUUGUCUUCUCUACAUGCUUCUUUCUCGGUGGGCUCAGCAUUAGAUCCUAUGACAGUAGUUCAGUUUAAAAAGCGUUUCGGGAUUACGCUAUGUACUUUAUACGGAAUGACAGAGUGUAUCUCGUCAUUUGUAGGUUCCUCAGUGGCAAUGGAAAGAGGAUCCCUCGGUACACUAUCCCCUGGAUUUGAAGCCAAAAUUAUUGAUGAAGAUAAUAAAGAAUUCGCUUUAUUAGAAGUUACUGAAGGAUCUGUGGGUGAGCUCUGUAUCAAAAGCCAUUCAAUUACACCAGGAUACUAUAACAAUCAUGAAGCAACUGCAGCAUUAAUAGACAAGGAUGGUUUCCUUCACUCUGGUGAUAUAUUCAGAGUAGACCCACAAGGAUAUUUUUAUUACGUUGGUCGACAAAAGGAUAUGAUCAAAUACUACAGCUAUCAAAUAUCCCCUUCAGAUAUUGAAGAUAUUCUGAUCUCGCACCCUUAUAUCUCCGAAUGUUGUGUAGUUGGGUUCUACAGCAGCAAAAUAUCUACUGAAGUCCCAAAAGCAUUUGUUGUCGUUGCGCCUUCUCAGAGAGAUUUUAUUACAGCAAAUGAACUUAGAGCCUAUGCGGACGAUCGACUACCUGAUCAAAUGCAUCUUAGAGGAGGUGUUAUACUUAUAGAUUCACUUCCAAGAUCCGCAGUAGGAAAGGUUCUACGCAAUUCUCUUCGACAUCAAAUGGGACAGCGCACAGUGAAUGCUAAUUGA